UUCAGCGCUGCCAGGCUGCGUCUCGCCCGCCGCCUGUCCCAGGUUUAUGAAUUGUUUGCCAAGGUAAAGGCAGCCCUGGUUUGUGACAGAGGCUUUUGAGGUGGUGGUUGUUCCCUUCCCUGAAGCAGCAGUUCUCCGUAGGCGGGGACAGGAUGUUCAGUGGGUUGUGAUGAAAGCCCAGGUGCUUGACUGGAGCUGCUGAAAUGGGUUGUGGAUUGAACAAACUAGAGAAGCAUGAUGAAAAACGGCCUGGUAACAUCUAUUCAACAUUGAAGAGGCCCCAGGUAGAAACUAAGAUAGAUGUCAGUUAUGAGUAUCGAUUCUUGGACUUCACGACACUGAAUGAUGCUGAGCUACCAGGAUCAUCUGCAAUCAAGCUUUCCUCUUUGCGUGAUCUUCCAGCUCAGCUGCAAGAAUUAUACCAGCAGGGCUUCGUCUUGGCUGCUGUCCACCCCUUCGUGCAGCCAACUGAUGAAAAAGAGAAAACUCCCCAGGAACAAAUCUUCAGGGCUGUGCUUAUCAAGAAAACAGAAAGGUCUCCAAAAGGUGGCAUCCAUAGUGAAGGAUAUAUUUUGGAGGUAGAGUGCUGCUCCUCUGUAAACCAGCUUUCAGACAAGAAGGAGAUACCUGAUUUUAUUAAGAAAAUUCAAGAUGCAGCAAGUCAAGGCUUGAAAUUUGUUGGAAUUAUACCUCAGUACCAUUCCCAAAAGAACUGCCUUGUCAGCUCCUCUCUGACACCUGCCAGUAACAACUCUGUGCAAUCCAGAGAUAAUAAAAACGUUUCAAAUUGCCCUGAGGAUCACGCUUCACUGGAUGGCGAGAAAAUAGAUGGCAUUAAUGGAUGCAGUACUCCAGCACCAGGUGAGGGGAAUGCUGACCAAUGUGCCACAUCCAGGGAAGGGAGGAAGGGUGAAGGACAAGCUGCUGAGGAGCCCAAUUGCAAAUCUGCAAAGGGCAGUGAAGAACAACACGAGCACCCAGGUGGGAGAGAAGCGCCAGACACACAGAAUGGAAUUGCAGAGAAUGAAACGCCAGCACGAUGCUCAAAACCACUUACUGACAAGACAGAGAUCUUCACUCUCUUCAACAAGCCCAAAACUCCACAGAGAUGCAGCCAGUACUAUACGGUGACUAUCCCUAUGAGGAUCUCCAGGAAUGGGCAGACUGUCAACAGCUUGGAAGCAAAUUGGCUGGAGCAUAUGACAGAUCACUUCAGGAAAGGAGGCUCAUUGGUGAACGCCAUCUUCAGCCUUGGAAUGGUAAAUGAUUCCUUGCAUGGAACAAUGGAUGGAGUAUUUCUCUUUGAAGAUGUUGCUGUGGAAGACAAUAAAAUCAUGCAGGGCUAUGAUGCUAUUGUUGUAGAGCAGUGGACUGUACUGAAGGGAGUGGAAGUGCAGACAGAUUAUGUUCCACUGCUGAAUUCCCUUGCCAUGUACGGCUGGCAGCUGACGUGCGUCCUUCCUACUCCGAUUGUGAAGACAAACAGGGAAGGGAAUUUAUCUACAAAGCAAAUUGUAUUUCUUCAGAGACCUUCUUUGCCCCAGAAAGCAAAGAAAAAAGAAUCUAAGUUUCACUGGAGGUUCUCCAAAGAAGACGUGCACAACAAACCAAUGAAGAAAUCGAGGAAGACUAAAUUAGGUUCUGGGGAGAAGCAGACGGCAGAGAAGCCGGAAUUUGAAGUCACAGAGAACACGAGAAACUUAGCAGCACAGCUGUCGGCCGCAUCAGGGCCUGGCCCUGAGCAGCAGCUGGACGGCGUCAUAGACUUGGGGAAUGAAACGGCUGGGGCUGACAGCAGAGGCACCCUCCGUGACGGGGUGUCAGAGGGCACGUGUCCUGCCAGUGCUGAGGCUGGUGACACCGGUGGCAGCAAGGCGCAGACCUGUCCCGACCAGAGCAAACCCGACUGCUGCGAGGAGCAGGAGGCAGCGGGGCAGGACUGCACACCCGGGCCUGAUGGCUGCCAGGGGAUUGGCGGUGCAGCAGUGGACGCGGAGCCUUCUUGUGAGUAAGGCCAAUGGCUCAGGGGUUCUGUGAGUUGUUGUAUUAGCCAAGAGAAAAGAACAGAUCUCGCUCAUCAUCUUCACUAACUCCAUUGCUCAGUUCAGCGUUUCUUUGGUAUUGCACUUACUUUGCUCCUUAGCAUGCCAGUAUCUUGAUGUUUUAGGUAAGUACAGGGCCUAGGCUUUCUAAUGGCAAAAUUCCGUUCACUCUGCAGAGUAGGAAAGGCCAUCUUCUAGAGGUACAAUUGAAAUUAAAAAUAGGGACAGAAAACAGGCUUGAGCUUUUCUGUGACUGACAUGGCACAGUAGGUUUGUAUCUAGUGCGGGGCAAACAUUCCACUUGGUCAGAAUUUAUUGUCAUGUUUUCUUGUCCAUGUAUCUUCGCUGGAGAAGUUCUCAUGCCGUAUGCUAGUUUGUCAUUAAGCUUGUAGUGUCAUGAAAAUGGUUUUUGAGCUUAAGCAGGCAGAAAUCUGAAAGCUUAGGUAAGACGGCCAUAUCUAUAUUUGUCUCCAACAGCAGAGUUACCAAUGACAUUUUCUCCUGAAUUUUAUUAACUCUUGCAGAUCUUCAAGCAAUAAGCAAAUCAUAAACCUGCUUUAGGCAUACUGAGUAAACAAAAACUCAUGAUAAAUUUGUGUAAGGCAGAUGAUCUCAAUAUAAAAUGACAUUUCCUAUUCUGUUAAGCUUAUGUUCUCUUUGCCAAUUGAUGGUUCACUGGGGUUUCAGAAGAUAGGGAAAACAGAGGACAAAUUAAGGCAGGUAAGAUGUGCUUCUUUUGGUUGCUCUCUUCACUAAGAUUGGAAUUUGAUGUCACCAUCUGACCUGCUCACGUCGUUUUGCACCACUUCCUCAUUGUUGUAAAAUAUGCUGUGGGAAAGAACUGAUGCAAAUAGCAGGGUAGCGGCCUUCGCGUGUUACUGAAUGAUAUUACAGAGUACAAAUACCUUAGAGAGCUUUUUAAAAGAAGUAGUGGUGUUUUGGGAUUGAUACCUCUCAGAAUUCUGUUACGCUACCAACAUUUUUUGUUUGGGGGAGCUACGUUAAAAUAUUUACAAGUGAAUGUACAUGUGUAAUAUAUUCUUCAAGAACUUCAGUGUUCCUAAAAGGUAGGAAGUAGUUGUUACUCUCUUCUUUACCACCUUGGUCCCUGUUUAGAAGUGGUCAAGUAAGCUGGCAGAAGGGUGAGAAAUACGUUUGGAACUUCCCUGGUUUUUUUUUGUUCUUUUUUUUUUAACAAGAGCUCAGUUGGCCAUUUGUGAGCUUUGUCCCUCAACUAGUUUGUGCCCAAUAAUUUUCCUGUCUUUAAACCAAAAUGCUGUAGAGUGAAAGAACUGUGUCCUGCAUCAAAUGCACACCUGGCAUGGUUAAAAGCGUCUUCUGUGCCUGAAAAUCACACAGCUUGCAGACCACUGCAGAGAAGGGAAAAAUCAUAGCAUUUGGAGAAUUCAUUUAUCGGACGAUGGCACUCAAGUUGAAACCAUUCCAUUUCAUACACACAAGGCACGGGAGGAUUUUUUUUCGCUGACUGAAGAGUAUUCAUUUUGAAUUUGGUGGGUUAACCACAGGACUGUAAGUAACUGGUGAUAUUUUUCAAUUAUUUCACUCUGUUUCUCCAUAGUAGGCUGAAGUUCCAAUAACCUCAAAAAUGUGUUAUUUCAGUUGUUCCACAUACAGACAAGGUCUCUGCUCUGGACAGUUCUAAGUAGCUGUUUGCAACUUUUAUUAGCAUAAGAUAUUUCUACUGAUGGUUUCUGUCUUAAGGACUAGCUUUAUAUUAAUCUUGUUUAAAAAUGUAUGGUAUUUAAUGAACAUUUUACUAGUAAAAAUGUUGCAAUAGAUUGAACUUGCCAAAUACUUUUGAAUAGAAAGUGUCUAUCGGAUUGCAAUUUGACCUUGUUUGCAUCCCAACUGCUUACAAAACAAGAGAAAUAAAGUUCAUGAGGAGGUUUCCUA